GCAACAUCCGUUGGACGCAGAACGUUCUGCGCAAGAAAGUUGCUUCUCCCCCGGCGUUCGCUACGUCGCUCCCUCAGACCGCACUAGUUCCCGCCAUUACGCGGGUCUUCACAUUGUGUUUUCUUCAAUUACGUCGACAUAAUGACGGACAAUCAAUAUUCGAAUUAUCAGCAGCAAGGCUACAACCAGUAUAGCCAGCCUCCACCGAGUGGUGGACAAGAUACAUCGUAUCCUCCACCAACAUCGGGCGGUGGCAACUACAAUCAGUACAGCCAGCCACCACCAAGUGGUGGAAGCUACGGUAGCUACAACAGUUACAAUACCUCCAGCGGUCAAGACUAUAACCAAAGUCAAGGACAGGGUGGAUACUCCCAGGGGAGCUACGGAGCUGGGUCUGGAAAUCAGAGCAGUGGAGGUGGUGGCGGUGGUGGUGCUGGCGGCAAUAAUUACGGAGGAAGUAACUACGGAGGUAAUUCAGGGGGUGGAUACAAUCGUGGAAGCUCUGGAGGAAGUUACGGAGGACAAAGCGGAGGUGGUGGUGGUGGUGGCGGCGGUGGUGGUGGUGGGCGGUACAACGACCGUGGAGGUUACGACCGCUCGAGCGGUGGCGGUGGCUACAACAGUGGCGGUGGCCGUGGUGGUUAUAACAAAGGGGGCUUUGGUGACCGGAAUGGAGGCAAUGACGGGAUGGUCGUGCAAGAGGACACUAUUUUCGUUUCGGGAAUGGAUCCAGGUGUCUCUGAGGAAGAAAUUGGCCAGCAUUUUGGAGCUAUUGGAAUCAUCAAGAACGAUAAACGCACUGGCAAACCAAAGAUCUGGGUGUACAGAGACAAGAACACCGGGAAACCGAAGGGUGAGGCAACAGUGACGUACGACGAUCAAGAUGCAGCGCGCUCUGCCAUCACUUGGUUCGACGGCAAGGAUUUCAAGGGAUGUACGAUAAAGGUACAGAUGGCUCAGCACAAGAGCAACUGGCAAGGAGGACGUGGGGGUGGACGAGGUGGUGGUGGUGGUGGUGGUGCACCAGGCGGUCGUGGAAGAGGCGGUUUUGGAGGUCGCGGAGGCGGCGGAGACAGAGAUGGGGGCGAUCAUCAUCGCGGCGGUGGCGGAGAUGAUAGGAGAGACUCCGGUGGCCGGGGUGGAGAUUGGAGAUGUACAAACCCUGAAUGCGGAAACACAAAUUUCGCUUGGCGUGAUGAGUGCAACCUCUGUAAAAGUUCGAAACCAGAGGGUGCAGGCGGUGGUGGUGGAGGCGGACGAGGAGGUCGGGGAGGUGACAGAGGUGGACGAGGUGGUGGAUUCAGAAGUGAUCGUGGGCGUGGUGGUGACCGAGGUGGCAGGGGCGGAGGUGGAUUCCGUGGAGGUGACAGAGGUGGCAGUGGAGGACGUGGACGUGGAGGGCCCAUGCGUGGAGGUGGCGGGCGCGGCGACAGAGACAGGGAUCGCCAACGGCCAUAUUGAGGAGCUGAAUAAUGGGAAUGUCACCCAGUUGCGAUAACAGCAUGUGUAAAUUUUCUUUUUAACGAUAACACGGGGUUUCAAUGUGUUAUUGGCAUUACAUCUACAUUAGUAUUUACCUCAUCACUUUUCAUACAUGAAGGACUAAUCAAUUACACGUGAUUUCUUUUUUUUUUUUUCAUAUCGAAUGUGUAAUGUCUGUGUAUAAACUAGAUUUUAAUAAAGUGAAACACAUAAUAUAGACAAAAA